UAGACAUCAGUUAAUGAUUCGAAGCUAAAAAUGAUAGACAUUUCGAAUAAUGAAUACGAUUAUUUACCUUCUUUUUAUGGCUAGGCUGAAACAAAAACGGUUGCGCGACGUCUGUAAACGGGGGUUUCCAGGGUAAAACGGACAAAUUAAAAAUCGUUUGGGGGGCUUCAUGCGCCAUGAAUCUGUUAUGGCAGCAUAUAGACAUAUUGUUCUAUUAAACACAACAUUUGUUUUGGAUUAAAAUACAGCAGUUUCUUUUAAAGAGGAGUGCAAGAGCAGAAACUGCUUUUUCAGUCUUGUCUGUUUUCCGCCAUAUGCAAAUUACUUUUUCAAUGCAGGCCCCAGCGUAAACUUACAUUUUAAUGUUCACCCUUUUAUCCGGCAGGAGGCGGUCAAGUGCACAACACAAAGAAAAAAAAAAAAAUAGAAGAAGAGUUCAGUUGCGAGCCCAGACCGUGAGGCGGACUGAAUUUGUUAGCAUUUUGGGUUUCAAAACAUCUUUUGUGAAUUUGUUUUGGCCCACCGUCGCCAUGGAAGUUCCGGGACCCGACAGCGACUGGAGAAGUCCUCAGUUCAGACAGAAAGUCGUCGCUCAAAUCGAUGAGGCCAUGAGAAAGGCGGGAACUGUACAAAACAAAACCAGCACGGAAAUGGAGAACCAAGUUUACGUCAAAGCCAAGACUAGAGAUGAGUAUCUAUCACUUGUUGCCAGGCUCAUCAUCCACUACCGCGACAUCCACAAGAAGAACAUGGGAGGUCCGGAUCCCAUCAAUGCCCUGACUAACCUGACGGGCGUCGGAGGGGGCCCGGGCGCCAUCGGCAUGGGGCCCCGCCCCGCCGGUGCGCCCUUGGGGGGAAUGGGGGCCAUGCCGCAAAUGCAGAUAGGCCAGCACGCCAUGCCGGGGGUGUCUGGGAACCCGCAACCCCUGGGAGGUCCGGCUCAGUUGUCCAUGCAGCAGCAACAACAGCAGAACUUGCAGUUCCAGCAGUUUCAGGCUCAGCAGCAGCAGUUCCAGGUUCAGCAGCAAUUGAGAGUCCAGCAACAGCAGAUGCACCAGCAGCAGCAGAACCAACAGCAGCAAAAUCAGAUGCAUCAGUCCCGCAUGCAGCAGCAGCAACAGAUGGUGCAGUUGCAGCUGCAGCAGCAGCAGCAGCACGUGCAGGCGCAGUCCAUCCAGCACAUGGUCCAGCAGCAGCAGGCGCAGCCGGGCCCCAUGCAGCCGCUCCUUCAGCAGCAACAGGCCACCAUGGUGCCGCAGUCUCUGGCAGGACAGAUGGCACCCGCGCAACACGUCCCCAUAAACUCGCUCAAUCAACAGCAGCAGCAGCAGCUCAAGAUGCAGCAAGCUUUACAGGCCCGAGUGGCGCUGCAGCAGCAACAACAGCAACAGGCAGCGGCUGUCCAGGCGCAGAUGGUCGCCCCGUCAGGGCAGUUGGUACGUCCCAACAUGCAGCUCUCGACCCGGCUGCCCCGACCCCCCUUGGCUCCUUCCAUUCCGCCCCCCAACGUCGCCGCCGCUGUGACUCAGCAGGUUCAGACUCCCCAGUCCAUGCCGCCACCACCCCAGCCCUCUCCUCAGCCGCCCAGCUCGCAGCCCAACUCUGUUAGCUCGGGUCCCACGCCGUCUCCGGGCGGGUUCCAGCCCAGCCCUUCACCCCAGCCCUCGCAAAGUCCGUCGACCGCCAGGACACCCCAGAACUAUGGCGUCCCCUCUCCUGGAGCGCUCAGCACUCCAGGAAACCCAAACUCUGUGAUGAGUCCUGCGGGUGCGGCGUCGCAAGAGGACCAGCAGUACAUGGAGAAACUCAAACAACUUUCCAAGUACAUCGAGCCACUCCGACGUAUGAUCAACAAGAUUGACAAAAACGAAGAGCGAAAGAAGGACCUCAGCAAGAUGAAGAGUCUUCUCAACAUCCUUACUGACCCCAAUACCAGGUGCCCUCUGAAGACGCUGCAGAAGUGCGAGAUUGCGCUGGAGAAGCUGAAGAAUGACAUGGCUGUGCCAACCCCGCCGCCGCCCCCCCUGGCCACCAAGCAGCAUUUGUGUCAGCCUCUGUUGGACACGGUCAUGGCCAACCUCCGCUCGCCCGUCUUUAACCACUCGCUUCACCGCACCUUUGCCCCUGCCAUGGCUGCCAUUCACGGCCCCCCCAUCACCGGCCCGUCGGUAUCAUCGCGCAAGAGGAAGCAGGACGAGGACGAGCGGCAGACGGUCCCCAACAUUCUGCAGGGGGAGGUGGCCCGCCUGGACGUCAAGUUCUUGGUUCAGCUGGACCCCGCCCACUGCAGCAACAACGGAGCCGUGCACCUUGUGUGCAAACUAGAGGACAAAAACCUUCCAAGCGUUCCUCCGCUGCAACUCAGUGUUCCAGCGGACUACCCGGAACAAAGCCCUUACUGGGCUGAACACGCUGACCACUACGGCGCCAACCACUUCCUGCAGGCGGUUCACAGGACGUUGGCGUCCAAGCUGCUGCAACUUCCCGACAAGCACUCACUGACAGAAGUUCUGCACACGUGGGCGCAGAGCGUCCACCAAGCGCGUUUGUCCGCCGCGUGAAUGCACGACCACAACCGGAGGCGGACCCGAAGGCAAUCUUUUUUUUUUUUUUUUCUUCAAUAAAUAAAAACUAUUUUCAUGACAGAAGACAAGCAUUGCAUUUUAUAUAUGUAUGACAAAGUUUUAUUCACAUUGAUUAAAAAAAAAAAAAAAGUCUUAAAAAUGUAGAGAGAAGGCUCUAUAGGACACAUUGGUGAACACGUCAACAUGUUGGCUGCUUCCUGCCACGGUCAAAACCUGAAACAACAACAUGAUUGAUGCACAAAGAAACAACUGCCACACCAUAUGAAAUAGUCACUGGAAUAGACCAGUGCUUCUCAAAGAGUACCACAUAGUAGUACGCCAAAGACUGAAUUAAAUGUUCAAAUGACUAAAUUGUAAUCCACUACAAUGCAUUUAUCAAGUACAUUUCAGUUAUAUUCAACUUGAACUACACACGACAAUGUUUUAUAAAGGGUUCUUUUCAAAUAUUAAAAACAAAUGUUAUACCACUUAAUGUUUCAGUGCCAAUGACGGCGCUAGACGUCCAAUCCAUCUAGCGCAGUCAAUGGCAGCCAAUAAGCUGAUGUUGGCCCUUAUGUUAGUAUUCAAACGUCCAUGUUUUUUGAGGUGCUACUUUCUGUAAAUAAAUGAGAACGACAGAAAUAGACUAAAGAUUUUAAUCCCUUGUGAACGCACUACAAGUAUGGUAACAAAGAGUCAUGGCCAAUGAAGCUUUUGAAAAGCAAAUUGGGCAAACUGCUUCAGAAAUAGGUUCAGUCCAUUAAGCUUCAUUACCAGUGACCUUUACUGGAAAAAACUAAAACUUUAGGGGCUUUCAAUGCAUCUUUCCAA